CCAGCCCCGGGCCCGGCCCCCGCCCGGCCCGGCAGCGCCCGCGGCCAGCCCGGCACCGCAGGAUUGGAAGCUUGAGAAGGAAUUCACACUGGAUGGAAAACAUUUUCUGAAGCUGGGCAUAUUCCAGGAACUGUGACCCAAAUGUGUCUCUGUCCGUGGAGAAGAUCUCACGUUUGAAAUAACUUCUACUGAAGCCAGCCGUGUCCCAUCACCAUGUUCUGGAAGUUUGAUUUGAACACAACGUCGCACGUGGACAAGCUGCUGGACAAGGAGGAUGUGACACUGGAGGAGCUGAUGGACGAGGAUGACGUCCUGCAGGAGUGCAAGGCCCAGAACCGCCGGCUGCUGGACUUCCUGUGCCAGCAGCACUGCAUGGAGCAGCUCGUCACCCUCAUCACCCAUGAGCCCCCCCUGGACAUGGACGAGAAGGUCCGAUUCAAGUAUCCCAACACGGCCUGCGAGCUGCUGACCUCGGACGUGCCGCAGAUCAACGACAAGCUCGGCGGGGACGAGACUCUGCUCAACAUCCUCUACGACUUCCUGGAUCACGAGCCUCCCUUGAACCCUUUGCUUGCCAGUUUCUUCAGUAAGACUAUCGGGAACCUCAUUGCACGGAAAACGGAACAGGUGAUCGCAUUUCUAAGGAAAAAGGACAAAUUCAUCAGCCUGGUGCUAAAGCACAUCGACACAUCAGCCAUGAUGGACCUGCUGCUGCGGCUCAUCAGCUGCGUGGAGCCCGCGGCGCUGCGGCACGACGUGCUCAACUGGCUCAAUGAAGCGAAGAUUAUCCAGAGACUCGUGGAGCUGAUCCAUUCCAGCCAGGACGAGGACAGGCAAUCCAACGCUUCCCAGACCCUGUGUGACAUCAUCAGGCUGAGCAGGGACCAGAGCACGCAGCUCCAGGACGCCCCGGAGCCGGAUCCCCUUCUCACAGCACUGGAAUCGCAGGAAUGUGUGGAGCAGCUCCUGAGGAACAUGUUCGAUGGAGAGCAGACGGAGAACUGCAUCGUCAACGGGACGCAGGUUCUGCUGACGCUGCUGGAGACGCGGCGCUCCGGAGUGGAAGGACUGAUGGACUCGUACACUCAGGGAUUCGAAAGGUCUUACACUGUCAACAGCAGCAUCUUGCACGGGAUCGAACCACGGCUCAAGGACUUCCACCAGCUGCUGCUCAGCCCACCCAAGAAAUCCGCAAUCCUGACCACGAUCGGGGUCCUGGAGGAGCCGCUGGGGAACGCGCGGCUCCACGGCUCCCGGCUCAUCGCGGCGCUGCUCCACACCAACACUCCCAGUAUUAAUCAGGAACUAUGCAGACUCAGUACCAUGGAUUUAUUACUUGACUUAUUUUUUAAAUACACGUGGAAUAACUUUUUGCAUUUCCAAGUGGAACUGUCCAUAGCAGCUAUCCUGUCCCACUCUGUGCAAGAGGGAAAGCCCCCCACGAGCGACCAGGAGAGCAAAGAGGAGGCUCCGAACGGGAACGCGGCGCACGCGGAGCCUCCGGCCAACACCCCCGAGAACCUCAUGGUCACCCACCUGUUCCAGAAGUGCUGCCUGGUGCAGAGGAUACUGGAUGCCUGGGAAGCCAAUGACAAAAUCCAGGCAGAAGGAGGGAUGAGGAGGGGCAACAUGGGCCACCUGACACGCAUCGCCAACGCCGUGGUGCACAACAUGGAGAAGGGCCCCAUGCAGGCCCAGAUCAGCGACUUCAUCAAAGAGCUGCCUGAGGACUGCCGGGGGAGGUGGGAGAGCUUCGUGGAGGAGACGCUGACGGAGACGAACCGGAGGAACACGGUGGAUUUGGUGAGCACCCACCACCUGCACUCCUCCAGCGAGGAUGAGGACAUCGAAAGUGCUUUUCCCAAUGAACUUACUCUCCAACAGGCCUUCUCCGAGUACCAGAUCCAGCAGAUGACAGCCAACUUCGUGGAUCAGUUCGGCUUCAACGACGAGGAGUUUGCAGACCAGGACGACAACAUCAACGCUCCCUUCGACAGGAUCGCGGAGAUAAACUUCAACAUCGACGCGGAUGACGACAGUCCCAAUGCCUCCCUGUUCGAAGCCUGCUGCAACGAGCGGAUCCAGCAGUUCGACGACAACGAGGAGGAGGAGGACAUCUGGGAGGACAAGGAGAUCACCUAUGCAACCCAGGUCAAAUCAAGAACACGGUUUGGGGCAUCACAGACCUCGGAGGGCUCGUCCAAGAGCGACCUGGAGAACGGAGACCAUGACGGGAGCGUGGACUCGGAGGAGGAGGAGGAGCCCGAGCAGCAGCCGCCUCCCCCCUCGGCAAACAGCCCCAAGAGCAACAUUUCUGAGCAGAAGGACUCUGACACCUCUGAAGGGGCGGGGUGGACGGCGGUGUUCGAGCCCGUGAGCUCCAAGCCCCCCACGCCCUGCGUGGCCAUGGACGUGGGGUCCAGCGUGUGGGACUCGGCCGCCCCGGAGAGCUCCGCGCCCGAGGAGAAGGGAUGGGCCAAGUUCGCAGACUUCCAGCCCUUCUGCUGCUCAGAGUCAGGCCCUCGCUGCAGCUCCCCCGUGGACACGGAAAGCGGCGGCACCGGCGGGACCCCGAAGCAGGGCCAGGACAAGAACUUCAGCCCCGGCUCUCCCUGCGUGUGGAACGUGUGUGUGACGCGGAAGGCGCCGCUGGUGGCCUCGGACAGCAGCUCCUCGGGCGGCUCCGACAGCGACGACGACGACGACAACAACAAGGCCGAGCCCGGCACGGGAGCGGCGGGCACGGCCACGGGGCAGGACGGCAGCCAGCUCCCCGGGGAGGCCAGGAAGGACAAGGCUGUGACCUCCAGCGACGCCGACUCCGUGGUGGUUGAGAAAGUGGCCAUCGCCGACACGGGGUCGCCCAAGGCCCCCAAAGCCCUCAACAACGUGGCCCCACACUCAGAGGGGCACCAGAAAGUGGCCCCUGUCGUCACAGCCGUCACGGAAACGGCCACGAAAGACAGGAAAGAAGAGGCCUUGCCCUGUGCCGAAGCCACGUUGAACGGCCCCGCUUGAUGCCGCCGCUGCCACGGGACGUGUGUGACCCAGGCCAGGCUGCUCCUGGUGAUGCAAUUUGUCAAUUCUUAUUAUUUUUUUUUUUUUUUUCCAUUUUAAUUUUAUUUUUUAAUAAAUGCUGCAUUGAUGAGAGCGAGCUGGCAAUUGAGGACCAGACACGCAGUUCCAACACCAACAAGUCUGUCCGGAGAGACACUUUCGCAUUGUCCAAAUGUAGCAUUGAGCAGUUUAAGUCCUCACAGGAAUGACGGGCUCUUCCCAAGCAAAGCCUUCUGCCUGAUUUGAGUUGUCCCCCUUUCCCCUCUCUCCCUCGUUUUGUUUUUUUUUUGUUUUGUUUUGUAUUUGGGGUUCAAAAGUCCUAUUUUCCGAGUGUUAUUGCACACAGUAUUUCAGCUUCUCUUGGGAAAGGUAGCAGGUCUAACGCCGGGACGGGGACAGUGCACAAGAAGUCCCGCAGUCGUGUGACCAAAGUUCCUGAUGGAGCUGUCCUCGGGCAGCCUUUGCACCGCUUUUGUAUAGCAAUAAAGCCUUAUCAGAAACAUUUCA